AGAAAAAACACAAAACGAGUUCCAAGCUUUAGGAAGUUACUGAGAACUAGUAAAAUAAAACUUGACAACAAAUUAAAGAAUAAGCAGUACAAGCAGCAGAGUGCUGCUAAGAAGUAUCGAAAAGAACAAAAGAAGCUAAGGGAGGCUGUCAGAGAUGCUAUCUCUAGAAAACCUUUUCCAUUGGAAGAAUGCAAGAAAAAACAAGUUGCUGAAAAAUGGGAAGAAGAGGAAGAAGAUGCUCUUCCACUGGACAUGAUGGAUGAAGAUGACUUAAAAUUAAUGGAAGAUUUGGCUCAAAAGGCAUCUUUUUUAACCAGAGAUAUUUCUUCUGAUGAACCUGUUCACAUCAGAAAACGAAAACAUGAAAAUGUGAUUGACAAAUAUGAGAAGAUGCCAAGACGCAUGCAGACUGAGCCAGAAAAAGAACUCAUCCAUCUGCUCCCCAUCAAAGAUAAGGGUGGCAUUAUUCCCCAAACUAUGGAAAAGCCAGUUCUCAGUGUUGCACAGGAUGAAGAUGAUACAGAAGAAAUGGAGGAAGCAGAGGACUUCAGUGAAGAACCCCUGCCUGUUCUCACUCCUGAAGAAAUGGCUGCUCAAAGGAGACAAAAGCUGCAGGAAAGGAAGAUGCACAUAGCUGCGUUAGCAUCCGCCAUUCUCUCUGAGCCAGACAACAGUAUUAAAAAGCUGAAGGAACUGCGUGCCAUGCUGAUGGAACAGGAUCCUAACGUGGCUGUGAUUGUUCGGAAGCUGGUCAUGGUUUCUUUGAUGGAGAUAUUUAAAGAUAUUGUGCCUUCUUACAAAAUCCGGCCUCUGACUGAAGCAGAAAAGGCUACCAAGGUUAAAAAAGAAACUCAGAAACUGAGAGAAUUUGAAGAAGGCCUUGUAAGCCAGUAUAAAUUUUACUUGGAAAAUCUGGAGCAAACAAUUAAAGAUUGGAAACAAAGGAAAUUGAAGAAAAGCAAUGUCAUCUCAUUAAAAGCAUAUAAAGGUUUAGCAGAGAUUGCAGUGAAGUGUCUGUGUGAGCUGCUUGUGGCCCUGCCCCACUUUAAUUUCCACAACAACAUUAUUGUUCUCAUUGUUCCGCUCAUGAAUGAUGCGUCAAAAAUGAUUUCUGAACUAUGCUGUGAGGCAGUUAAGAAGCUCUUUAAACAAGACAAGUUGGGCUAUGCUUCACUCGGUGUAGUUAAGGUCAUUUCUGGUCUUGUGAAGGGUAGAAAUUACGAUGUCAGACCUGAGGUGUUAAAAGUAUUUCUUCACUUAAGAAUUAAGGAAGUAGAAUUACAAAAAGAUUCCGAAGACAUUGCACCAAAGAAAAAGUUCAUGACUUACAAAGAGAAAAGAAAAAAUCUUUCCAGAAUGCAAAGAAAGUGGAGGAAAGCAGAAGAGAAACUGGAACGAGAACUCUUGGAAGCAGAAGCAUCAGAAAGUAAAGAAAAAAAGCUGAAGCUGCACACAGAGACCUUGAAUAUUGUAUUUGUAACAUACUUUAGAAUCUUGAAGAAAGCUCAGAAGUCUCCGCUUUUGCCGGCUGUGUUAGAAGGUCUUGCAAAGUUUGCUCAUCUAAUUAACGUGGAAUUUUUUGAUGACUUGUUGAUUGUCCUACAUUCUCUCAUUGCAUCUGGGGAUUUAAGCUAUCGUGAGAGUCUUCAUUGCGUUCUCAGUGCUUUUCAUAUACUCUCUGGUCAAGGUGAUGUUCUUAACAUUGAUCCGAUGAAAUUCUACACACAUCUUUACAAGACACUGUUCAGCCUACAUGCAGGUGGUACCAAUGAUGAUAUAGGGAUUGUGCUCCAGUGCCUGGAUGUGAUGUUUGCCAAGCGGAGAAAGCAAGUUUCCCAGCAACGAGCUCUUGCUUUCCUAAAGCGCCUUUCCACACUUGCUCUUCAUGUACUUCCAAACUCCAGUGUUGGGAUCUUGGCAACAAACAGGGUAUUAAUGCAAACAUUCCCAAAGAUGGACCUUUUACUAGACAACGACUCUCAAGGCAGUGGAGUUUAUCUCCCAGAACUGGAUGAACCAGAGCACUGCAAUGCUCAGAACACAGCUCUGUGGGAGCUGCACUUACUGCAGAGACACUAUCAUCCAACAGUGCAGAAAUUUGCAGCUCACCUUAUUGUUGGAGCUCCAACUGAAGGCUCAGGAGCUCUUUCACUUGAUUUGAGCCAAAGGCCUGCUGCAGAACUUUUUGAGGCAUACAGUAUGAGAGGAAUGACCUUUAAUCCUCCUGUUGCAUCAGUAACACCCAGAAAAAAGGAUACAUUCUCACAACUGGAUUCAUUUAUAGAUGAAGAGCUAAACAAACAACUUCAACAACACAUCAGUGAGCCUGUUCACAAAUCCUUGGAUUUUGCUAAACACUUGAAGGAAUCACCCUUGUCAUAAAUGUAUUUAUCAGGCAUGGUCAGUUGGCUUCUUAAUUAUGCAAAAAAUUGGCUGAAAGAAAUUUCUACUCAUUGUUAAAGGAAUUCCAGUAGGCUUUUGGACAUAGAAACACAGAAAAAAAAUGUAACAGCAGUUUUUCACAUAGCUACGAGGCCUCUCCGU